AUGGCACCGCAUAUUCCAACUGCAAUCAGGAACCUCUCCAAAUGCAGAUCAGGCUGGGCAUAUUUUCAGACGGUCAUCUGUCCAAGAGUUCACACCUUUGCAUUAGAAGUUUCUAUGGCAUAUUCAGUCCCUGUUCCAAGAGACUGGAGGCAAACCUUAUUGCUGGCCCUUACGUGCUCAAUUAUCUCAUCUUUAUCUGGAUUUUUACUUUUCGCCUGGCUGUUUUAUUCCCUUCUCUAUGAUUAUUCUCCAGCCUUUGUGUUGUCCACCACCUCGGCUCUUCUUCUCUGGGGAAUCCUCGUCCUGGUUCACCCCAUUCGUUGUGUGUUGACCAUCAUGAUCCCGACUCUCGGCACCAAGCAAGGCUCUCGAUUAUUGCUCUCGACCUGUUUCAUGGUCAUAGCUCUGAACAUCAUUCCUAAUAUCUUACUAAACCUCAAAACCAUCUUUCAGAUAUUCCGCUGCAUUUCUCAGCACUCUACAGAGCAGCUAUUAAACUCCACCGAAAUCUUCAGAGACCUUGCUCAUGAUGUGAAGAACCUGGUCACGAGCACCAGCUAUGUCAUGACGAAGACGUUUGCUCGAGAGGUCAACAUUGUAGCCCAAGUCAAUGCGUCUGCAGUGUCCAAUGAGAUGGCCCAAGCAGCGAACAGGCUAAAGGUCAACUUUAAAGCCGCGGAAUCGCUGUUCAAGGACAUCAUGCUUAUGGCCAAUAGAGUUAUGGCCGGGCUUUUUAUCGUCUACACGCUAGUUGGUGCGGCUUGGUACUUACGAAGCUACUUAACCAACAUCAAGUUUGACAACAAGUACAUUACAAGUCAACUGGAUCAGCUGGCUAAGAAGAACAAAGUAUCCAACCUGACCAAUGUCUCCUCCAUCAAGCUGAUCAAAUCAACAGGCUUCAAGAUGUCCAAAAAAGAGCUUGGGGCCAGUUUGUUCCAGUGUCUGGUGAUUUUGCUGUUUGUCCUGUUGACCGUGAUGAUCAUAACCGCUGACCACAUAGUCUUCCAGUUUGCCGUAGUGGUUAGCCAAUGGGUGGAGAGUCUACCGCCUCUACAAGUGACAUUUGAUUUGGAAUAUCAAGCAAAUGUGAACUUCUUAGGAGCAUUCCAAGUAAAGAACGUCGAGUAUUCCCGACUACAUGAGUUGACUAUGACAUUUUUUUCCCCGCACUGUAAGCGCCCGGCAAGGCCUCCGGAGAGCUCCACCGCAGCAGCGAUGGGCUUCAUCUACUGCAUUUUAUUUGCUAUGGUAUUUUUGGAAGCCUACGCCCAACGCUUGUGCCGGAAGAUAUCGGCCAUGUUUUACACAAAGAGGGAGGAAGAACGAGUUCUUUACUUGUUGGACCAGAUACAGAAAAAGCUCCAAGGCGGCCCGCAAUACCCAGAGGGCCGGCUGUCUGAUGAGGCCAGUGCGGACUUUGGGAACGAAGAAAUGGAGGUCUCGUAUAUAAAACUUCCUUAAAGUAGAACUAAACUCUCCAA